UUCUAAGGAAAAGAAAUGCUUAGCUGCUUCAAAAUUCCAGUUGCGUGUAGAUUCAAAGAUCUCCGGCAUCAUUAUAUAUAUAAAAAAAGAUCUCCUGCAUCGCAGCCCUUGCACGGCAGAUGUUACUUGCAAUUCUGCGCAAUUUUCCCGAAACAGGGACCCGAGGAGGGAGGAGAACAAACACGCGGCACAGCCAGCGGCCUGGAGCCGAGAGGCCGCAGCCCGCAGCUCAUUUUCAGGCUGCGUCCCCCCUCCCUCCCUCCCACCCGCUCUCUUCCCGGCGAGCCCCUCCUCCACGCGUCUACCAACCACCAGUCCACCACGCGCGCGAUCGGGCUGGCUGAAUUGCUGCGUGCGGCGGGGAGGUGGGGAGCCGGCCACCGUGCCGUGAAGACGACGCCGCGCCAUGGAGGUGCCGCCGCUGCCAGCGGCGGCUGCGGCGGCGGAGGAGGAGCGGCGCGGCGCGGCGACGGGGUCGUGCCUCCCCAGGCUGGUCUCCGGCGUCCUCUCGGGGGCCCUCACCGGCCUCUUCGCCCUGGAGGCCUGACGGGGGCGUUCACCGGCGCAUUGGCGGGGAGGGCCUCCGACAGCGGCGUCCUCCGGGGAGCCGGGCUGGGGGCGUUUGCGGGGGCGGUGCUCUCCAUCGAGGUUCUGGAGGCUUCGCGCGCGUACUGGAGCGCGGACCGAUCGAGCCCGCAGAGCACAUCCUCCAUGGGCGAUUUCAUAGAGCAGCUCCUUCAUGCUCGAUUUGUGCAAGACCAGUAUGAGCCAUCGGCUUAUAUGGCUUAUCGUUGGCAGGUUGGUAUUGCAGACAAUGAUGAUCUGUUCGACGUCCUUGAAGAGGUUUUAUCUGAAGGGCUCUCACAAGAUACCCUAAAGAAGUUACCACAUCACGUGGUGACUGAUCAGAAGCAAGAACCGAUUGGUGAAAACUUGUCUUGCCCUAUUUGCCUCCAGGAUAUUGUUGCCGGAGAGACAGUGAGGAAGUUGCCGAGGUGUUCUCACACUUUCCACCAGCCUUGCGUGGACAGAUGGUUCACUGACCACGGUUCAUGCCCUGUAUGUAGGCAAGAUGUGUAGGUAGAUUGUGUUCGGCUCCGUGUUCUCAUGCCUUUGUAAAGUGCCUACUGGCUUCAUGUAGAAAGAAUCAUACGUAGACGUAGUGGUGUAAACUAAGCCCUACAACUUGUUUGUAUCGUGAAAAUUGGUCGUAUACAUACAUCAGAGAUUGCGAGGUUCGUGUUUUUUCUAGCCACAUUUUUCAUCUUGGCCAUGUAAAACUGGAGAGCUUCUUUUGCCGUCCUAUUCUACAUGUCUAUCGCAAUAUAACGCUGAAUUGUAAUGCAUUACAGUUUACAGGUU